AUGAUCGAUAUCGCCUACUUCCCCCAUGUAUUCGACCACAUCGUCGACGAGCUGUAUCGUACCCGCACCACCGAGACACUCCUCACUCUGCGUCCAACAUCUUCGACUGUGCAAUCCAUGGUCGACAACAAGCUCGCCACCCACCUCGUCGUGCGUGGCAAGUCCGGCGUGAAGAUUCAUACGCGCUACGGCCACCUCCAGCUCCCGAUCUCGAAUGGGCGUGGCCCACGUGCCAUCCCCAAGGUCCAGACAGUGGACGUGCACCACUUCGACCACCACGCGGUGUGUAAUUUCGACGCUUCGACCGGUUUCUCGCCCUGCGCUUCCGAAGACGCCGUCGCCGAGUACGUACGUAGCGCUCGGCCUGCAAUCGUGCGCCUUUUCGACAGCAAAAGUUUCACUUCCGAUGCCUGCGGCGCCAACACGGUCGUGCACUUCACCGAAGCCACACCGUUCUUCGGCGCAGGGGUUAAGGUUCGGCUUGUCCCCGCCGCCCGCAAUGUCAUCAACAUCCGGCACGGCGACAAUAUUGGCCUGUUCGAGGUUCUCUGGGGCGAAGGGGAUACGUGCAGGAUGUGCGAUCCACCGUCACCUUUGCCACCACCCGUUCCAGAAGUCGUGAUUUUGUUUACGCCCAAGGACGAAACGACCGACGCCCCGCCGGAUAAUCCGGACCAGAAGCGCGGGCUGCUGAACUCGAUCGUUGUCAGCGCGAUCUCGUAUCUUCACGACAACCCGACCGCCCGUCUGGUGCUUGUCGGUGCCGAGCGCUGGAGUCGGCACUGGUUCCAGCUAUGGCCUGUUGAUACCCCGCCCGAUCCCGACCUCUCCAUCCAGUCUCUCUGGUCCCACGUGUUCGCCUCCUAUGCUCGCAUGGGCUGGACGUGUCCCCCGCACUAUGCGCAGAAGGGCAAGUGCACUUCGCUGGAUGACGAGGAGAUUGCUCGCCUUCAAGAGAGAGUCGAGUUUGUACCCGAGGACAUCUACCGAGAUCGCAUCGGCGAGGAGACGUACCGGCUGUACACUGUCGAAUGA